CGCGCCUGCGCAGUGAUGGCGGCGAAGCCGGAGAGGGCUCUGCGCAUGCGCAAUUCACUGAGGGCAGGCGGGCGGCGGGAAACCGCAAUGGCGGAGGCAGCGGCGGAACCCGGCGGCUCCCCCGGUCCGGCCGCUGUUUCGUCCUCACGGGGCUCGGCCGGGCCACAGGAGGGUGAGCGAUGCCCCGGCGGACCCAGCCCUGAGAGCGGAGGGGCCGCGCCAGAUCCGGAGCCGGCAGCGGAUCCUGAGGCGAUUUCGAAGCUUCCCAGGCAAGAGAAAAAGCUGAGCCCUUCCAGCAGGAAGAGAAGAGCCGAGAGCAGCCAAGAAUUGCUGAAUUCCUCCAGUUUAUCACCGAUCUCCGCCGCCCCUCAGGACAAAAUCCGCUUCUGGCACCGCUCCGACCUCGAGCGGAGGCGAUCCCGCCGCAAAUCGCUGCCCCCUGUCCACCAGGACAUCACUGAUUUGAGCCAAUCCAUCAGCCUGGAGCUUCCCGAAGUCCAACGUCUCUUCCUCCUCCUCCUUUCCAGCUUCAAGAAAUUCGGGAUUAAAGAUGUUUUUUCCCGUUUUUAUCGGAUUUUUCCCCGUUUUCCCCUCAGUUUUCUGCCCAGAAGUUGCAGAAGGAUCUGGAAAAAUCCGAAGGAUUCGACCCCGAGGCUUUCGCUGCCAGAGAUAAAAACUGAGGAAUUCCGGCGGCUGCUCCAGAGGCUGCUCCUGGAUGGGACCCUCGAGGAUUGCGUGGAGCCACCCCCGGGGGAUUCCCUGGAUCCGGCCAUGGAGGCGUCCGUGGUGCAGAUGAAGGAGCGCAUCGCCAGCGUCUCCGGGGAGCUCCAGGCCUGGGAUCAGCUCCUGGAUCAGCACCAGCAGCGAUCCCAGGAGGCCUCCAGGAACCUGGAGCAGCUCCGAGCCGGGGACCCCCCCUGGCCCCCUCCCCAAAUUCCCAAUUCCCAAAUUCCCUCCUCCAAACCCGACUACGGAGAAAUCCUGGCCCGGCAGAUCCCGCUCCUGCAAUCCCUGCAGCUCCUGGUGGACGAGGCCCUGCAGGCGACGAAGUUGGUGCUGGAAUUCCAAAAGGAGAGCAGGGAAUACCUGAGGGAGCUCUCGGAGCAGCUGGGUGAGCCAAAAAAACCCCGAAAUCCCGGGAAUUUUGGGGAGGAAAAUCCGGGAAUGAGGAGAUUCCCCCCGGUUCUUCCUCCCAGCUUCCAGAACUUUCGGGAACCUGCCGGGAUCCCCCGCCCGGAGGCUGCUGCAGAGGAAACCCCAGCGGGCGCCGGCAGAGGAGGAGUAAAUAAAGUGAAAAAUGGGAUUUUUCCCGAAAUUUCCAGGUUUUCCAUCAAAAUAUUCCCGGGAUUUUGCGGGGCGUCUUUUGAAGAGCGGCGCUUCCGGGUUUGUUGGGGUGCGCGGCGCUGAUUGGUCGGCGCGGGU